AUGAAAAGAGUUCCCACGGUUACUGGAGAGUCCACAAAGUUGCAAGACCACUACAGAGGACCGCUGGUUAUCAUUGAGUUGCUACAGGGAGACAUCUACAGUGUUGCAGAACUGGACCAAACUAAAAACAGCAGAUAUGCAACGAUGGCACAUGUGUCCCAGUUAAAAUCAUGGCGGAUAUACAGAGGAGAUGAGCAAAUGGAGGAUGAUGAUGAAGAAACGAUUGAAAAGUGUGGUUGUAGUGAGACUAUUGGUAGAAAGGAAGCUGAAAAAAUGUCUGAAACAGUUCAAGGAAGGUUCAGUAGAGUGAGAAAGCCACCUGUGUGGCAUGCUGACUACUGUUGUUGA